AUGGCGCCGAGCAAGCUCCGGCAGGCGGUGGGCGCGGCCAAGGACCGGGCGACCAUCGCGCUCGCCCGGGCGGGCGGCGCGGAUGACGAGGUGGCCGCGGACGUCGAGGUGGCCAUCGUCCGCGCCACGGCGCACGGCGAGUCCCUCCCCGCCGACGACCGCCACGUCGCGGAGAUCCUCGCGCUGACGCGCUACUCCCGCGCGCGCGUCGCCGCGUGCGUGGCGUCCGUGUCGCGCCGUCUCGAGCGGACGCGGGCGUGGCCCGUCGCCGUCAAGGCGCUGGCGCUCGUGCACCGCCUCCUCGCCGAGGGGGACCCGGCGUUCGAGCAGGAGGUGUUCCUCGCCACGCGCCGCGGCAGGCGCGUGCUCGACAUGUCCCGGUUCCGCGACCGCGGCCGCGCGCGCUCCCGCGACUGGGACUUCGCCGCGUUCGUCCACGCGUACGCCGUGUACCUCGACGACCGGCUCAAGCGCCGGAUGCAAGGCCGCCCGGGAGGCGUGGCGAGCCCGAGAAAUUGGAGCAUCGACGAUGGCAGCUUAUUCUUCCACGACACCGACGGGAGAAACGAGGUGCACGAGGCAUGGGAGCUCGUGCCGGGGGAAAAUCCGGCGGCGGCGAUCGAGGCAAGUACGGAGGACCUCAUCGCGAAGGCGCAGCAGCUGAAGCACAUCCUCGGUCGGUUCAUCGAUUGCCGGCCCACAGGGAAGGCGAGGACGAACCGGGUGGUCACGGCGGCGCUGUACAGGCUGGUGACGGAGAGCGCGGCGGCGUACUGCGAGCUCACGGAGGUGAUGGUCGUGCUCAUGGGCCGCUUCGCCGAGCUGGACACUCCCGCCUGCGUGCGUGUCCACUCCAUCUUCACCAGCCUCGCGAAGCUGGUCGACGAGGUCGACGACUUCUACGCGUGGUGCAAGGCCACCGCCGUGUGCCGCCCGUCCGACGUCCCCGAGGUACAACGCGUCAGGCAGAAGAACUUGGACCUGAUGUAUGAGUUCAUCCGCGAUAGGAAGGCGUCGGCGUCGCGGCGGAGCCGCUCGCCGUCGUAUACCCCUCUCGAGAAGUACGACGUCGUCAGAGCAAUUGAUGAGCCGGCGCCCAGAGAGCAGCAGGUCACUGCGCGAGAGGAGAACAAUGCCGGCAAGGCGGCGCCGGCUGAGCCUGCAGGCUCGCUCGUCGUGGUCGACGACAAGAUGGCCGACUUCUUGAACCUGGACGAAGACACUUCGCCACCGUCCGGCGAGGAGCAUGGCCGGGAUCUGACGUUGGCGCUAUUCGACGGUAACCCGGCGGAAGCGGCGCCGGAAUGGGUGGCGUUCGACGAUCCAUCGGAAGAUUGGGAGACGGCACUGGUGCACGCGAGCAGCGUAGCGAUGCAGCCGCUCGGUGGGACGGUGCUUGCGCUGCCGCCACCGUCUGGGGCCAACACCACUGCCGCUGCCGCAAGGGCUGAUCCAUUCGCGGCGUCGCUGGCGGUGCCUCCGCCGACGUACGUCCAGAUGACCGAUUUGCAGGCAAGGCAGCGGUUGCUUGUGCAGGAGCAGAACGCGUGGCAGCAGUAUGAAAGGCAACGGGCGCCAUGGAGUUCCAAUCUUUUGUAAGAUCGUGCAUUCGUA